AAGUUGCAUGCUCUUCCAACUGAGCCAGCCACAUGCCCCAAAUUUUCUCUUUAUUUUCAGCUAUCUUUUUGCUGUACUUUUUGGGAGAUUUUCUCAAUUUAAAUCUUCCAAUAUGUCAGUUGUGCUUUACUUUUUCUGGUCUCAUAUUCUUAAUUUCUAGAACUCUCUUCUCUGGAUUUCUUUUAACAGCAUCCUGUUUUGGGUUCAUGUUUGUAGUAUCUUAUCUCUUUGAAAAUACCAUGAUGUGUACACACACAUUCAUAUCUGUAUUCUCCCUGCAUAUUUUGUGACUUUGAAGGUUUAUUUCUUAUUUGUUUUCCCCGUAUGUAUCCUUUGGUCCUUGUUUUUCUGUUACAGGCUUUCCUCAGUUUGUGAUCUUGGCAGUCUACACAUGAGUAGAACCCUAUAAAAGGCUGAGAUUGAAAGCUGAGAGUGGGAGAUGGGUCUCUUCAAGUGCCACAUCAUAACUGAGCUGAGCUACCAGUCUCCUCUCUUUUAGUGCUUUGUUUGGCUGAUUGAAGGGCAAAAACGUGGCUGCCAAAGUGUGUUUUUAUUUCCCCUUUGAGCUCUAUUCUUCUGUAAUCCAUUUCUAUAUUUGUCAAGACUAUCCAAGCUAUCUUUUUACAUAUUGUUUCUCUUUUCUGCUAUCCCCACUUUGCCUCUCUUCCCUUUAAAACCUCAAAAUGCAAAAAAUAAUAAUGAAACCUCAAAAUGCAACUUUUCCUUUAAUUCCUCAGCAAACCACCAACUAUUAUAUGCUUCUUUUCCAAAACUUUUUUUUAUCUGUAAUUAUAUACAUUUGUGUUCUCUACAUGUAUAUUUUGUUACAUGCACUGAAAACCUCGUCUUGUAUGGUGCUGUGUACCCCAUGGGUGCCAAAUAAAGAUUUGCGACUCGCAACUGGAAUUACAGUUGGUUAAUUCUGCCUACGUUUAUGACAUACCUAUUUAGGCCAAAUUUGGUGUUAUACAAUUUUUAGAAGAAACGGGUAAUCCCUCAGAAGAGCAAUCACUUCUCCAGCUGAUCCCAGGGGUCUGGGCCACCUUUCCUCCCCAUCUGGAGAGGAAAAGUGGGGAUCGCCUGCAAAUUAAAAAAGAAAAAAAUCAGACUCAGAUCUGUAGAAGAUGAGAGCUCCUGUUUGAAUGAAAACUCCGCCUGCAAACCCUACGUGUCUCUUGCUCGGAACUUCCCCUAGGCAGGGGAAAUCGGUCAUCGUAGCUUUUACGAAAACGAAACUCUGCAGCUGCCCGUGAACUCCCGGAAGUGCAGGCGCUGCGCGCAGCCAUUGAGCACCCGCUGAGGUUGCAGCCAUGGACCAAGUGUCGUCUUCCAUAGCCAAGUCAGUCCAGGGAGCCAACCAGUCCGAGACCCAGGACGCCCAGGACCAGCUCCUCCACCCCACCGGUGUCUUUCAGGUUGCAGAAAAGAUGGAAAAAAGGACAUGUGCACUCUGCCCCAAAGACAUCGAGUAUAGUGUCCUAUACUUUGCAAAAUCAGAGAAUAUAGCUGCUCAUGAAAAUUGUUUGCUGUAUUCUUCAGCUCUUGUGGAAUCUGAGGAUCAUGAUCCACAUAAUCAAGACAGAAAUUUUGAUGUGGAAUCAGUAAAGAAAGAAAUCCACAGAGGACGGAUGUUGAAAUGUUCACUUUGUAGUAAAAAAGGAGCCACCGUGGGAUGUGAUUUAAAAGCCUGUAACAAGACUUACCACUUUUUCUGUGCCAAGAAUGACCACGCAGUUCUACAAAUUGAUGGAUCUCGAGGAAUUUAUAAAGUGUUUUGCAAACAACAUGCUCCAUUGACCGACGCUCAUAAUGACCCACUCCCAGGAACGUCUGGUACCUCCCAUCCUCACUACAGUCAGAGGGCCAAACAAGGACGUGGACUGAAAAGAAAAAGAGGAAGGAAGAAAUGUCUCUCAGAAGACAUUCAUGUAUGUUGUAUAAUAAAAUGACUUCAUUUUAUUAUAGCUUUCAGUUUCUUCACACAGUUUCUUCCUUAUUUUAACCAUUCACAUAUCCGGUGAAAUGGUAACAGAACCAUAAUGAGCUGAAUGUAAAAGUUGGAUGUGUUGGGUAUCCCAGCACGUGCCCUUCAGGAGGUGACAGUCCUAUGGCUCUGAUAACACACAUCCUGGUACCACAUCAGUGAAAGUAUCAGAGCCCACAGUGUGCUUAUGGUCUUAAAAUGGGCAGAGGUGCAGUAAAACAUCCUUACCUAACCAAGUAUUUCUCAGCUGCAUGAUCCACACUUGACCUGAUUUGUGAUUAUCAUAAUUUUCUGCAUUACUAUUAUGUGCAAAGUGUAUGAAAUGUUUUGGGGAUUUGAAACCGUUUUUUACACAUCCACUCAUAUGAGCUAAAUUAAUAUUCGUAUGAGCUAAAUUAAUAUGAGCCAGCAACCUUCCCCUCUUGCUGUUUAUACAAGAGGAGCUUGCCACACUUCUUGAUGUUUUGUUAUACAAAAAUGAUUUGAUGUUUACAUGUAAACUACCAAUGAAUAUGGGGCAUGAUUUUUCACCACAGGCAUAUCAUUGAAUUGUAUGCAAAAGACUAGUUUUCAUUUUACACAAUAUUAAAUGGCAACAGUAAAUCAAUGUAAUCUUAAUUUUUCUCUCC